CCGAACGACCUAACCUGGAGGCACUUGAUUGUUCGCCGUCUUCAAUGUUUUCCUUGAAACUAUACAAUUUCCUUUCUCCUCGCCAGCGGAUGUCUGUUGACGCUUGCAGUGACGGCUAACACAGCUGAAGACUACUCGUGAUUGAUCAUUUUAAGACUCCGUCUUCUGCCAUUCACUGUUUACCUUUCUGCAGCACCGCCAUAAAGCUCUGCAGGAGCUACGUCACGACUGUAAAACUCCUCUUGACAACCCACAAUCAUGGCUGAGUUCGCCAAUUUCGACGGAACACCCAGUAGCUUGGGCAGCGAGACGAGCAAGCGAAAAGCUGCCAUCCUCGACAGGCAUCUCCCAGAUGGCUACUCCGCCGAGCCCGACGUUGCCUUUGGUCCAGCCAACCCUUCCGCUUCGGGGUCUGCCAGCAAUGACAACAACGACACUACAGGAGACCCCGUCGAAUCUUCGCUCCUUUUGCAAGGAGGCGACAUGCAUCGCGACAUGUUCAAGAUCAAGGCUCGAGCCAACUCCCUCCGCCGCGCUGCCACCUUUUCCCAUCACACACCUCCCCCCCUCGCUGCCGAAGACGAAUUGAGCCACUCCGAACAGCGAGAGCCCGGCGGCUUUCGACGAUACCACCUUCAACGCCGUGCCCGACAGAGACGCAUGAGUGGCUACACAAUUGUCGCCAAGAACUUUGUCGAUUUCCUCGAUCUAUAUGGAAGCUUUGCCGGCGAAGAUCUCGAAGAUGCCGAUAGCGAGGACGAGUCUGCCAUUGACGAUCGAGAAGACGGCGACGUGGAACAGCCACCUGAACUUCGACCUCUCCUUGGCAGAAGACGAAGCACUAAACGAAUGCGCAAGACGGGCGACGCUACAACCACAAAGACGUUUUUCACCCUCAUCAAGGCUUUCAUCGGAACUGGAAUCAUGUUCUUGCCUAAGGCGUUCCGCAACGGUGGCAUCCUGUUCUCGUCAAUCACCCUCAUUGUAUUGUCCCUUGUCAACUGCGGAUGUUUCCGUCUGCUUCUUGACUGCCGACAGAUUUACGGAGGCGGUUAUGGAGAACUAGGUGAAGCCAUUGUUGGACCUCGAUUCAGAAGUCUGGUUCUCGCUUCGAUUGCCAUCUCCCAGCUUGGGUUUGUAUGCGCUGGUCUCAUCUUUACAGCUGAGAACCUCUAUGCAUUUCUUGACGCCGUGACCGCCAACCACCGCGAGUUCAUGUUCAAUGUACCCAGUUUGAUUGCUUUGCAGUUGGUCGCCCUUGUUCCUCUUGCCCUGAUCCGAAACAUCUCAAAACUUGGACCCGCCGCCCUUCUCGCUGAUGUCUUUAUCUUGAUUGGAAUUGUGUACAUCUGGUACUACGACAUUGCGGCCCUUUCUCACCGUGGCAUGGACUCGACUGUGAAGCUGUUCAACCCAAGAGAUUUCACUUUGACCAUUGGCUCAGGUAUCUUCACUUUUGAAGGAAUUGGACUUAUUCUGCCCAUUCAGUCAAGCAUGAAGAGACCCGAGCACUUCCCUAACCUCCUUUACUUGGUCAUGUUUAUCAUCACGAUCAUCUUCACCUCUGUGGGAGCACUCUGCUAUGCGACUUUUGGCGAGGACACCAAGAUUCAAGUCAUUUCCAACUUUCCUCAGGAUUCUCCUCUUGUCAACGCAGUCCAGUUCCUGUAUUCGAUUGCCGUUCUCGCUGGAGAUCCUGUCCAGCUUUUCCCAGCUGCCCGUAUCAUCGAGACCUCAGUUUUUGGUGAGCGUGCAACUGGCAAGAAGAGUGCUGCGAUCAAGUGGAAGAAGAAUGCUCUCAGAACCCUUCUUGUAGGCGUAUGCGUGGGUAUCAGUAUAGUUGGUGCCAGUGACUUGGAUAAGUUUGUGGCGUUGAUUGGCAGCUUUGCCUGUGUUCCCUUGGUCUACAUCUACCCAGCGUACUUGCACUACAAGGGAGCUGCUCAGACAACCAGGGCCAAGGUCAUUGACAUUGUUGUCAUGGUUGUUGGCUUCAUCGCCAUGGUCUACACCACGUUGGUCACUGUUUACCAGUGGAUCGACAGUGCUUAGAAGACGGCAACCCCAUCUGCGGUGGAAAUGAAACAAGGCAUAAGACUGGUGCAAGGCAACUUCAAAAGGCUAACGCUAAAGGUUUUGGGAGUCAUACAUGUGGCCUCAUUGGAGGUCGUGACAGAGGACACGCGAACCGAGGCGACGCAAAAACAGCAUACUGCCAUGCUUGGAGGUUUGGAAAAAGGCGUUAAUGCAUCCUCUUGAUUUUAUGAUUUAACUCAGAUUGUUGGCAGUUCUCAUGAUAAUUCAGAUGCCGGUCACUCCUUUGCUUCGUUGACGAUCCAUGUCCUGCUGUAAAAGCUUACCGUAUCUAGGCCUCAAAUGUUCUCAGUUCCUGGUAAUAUAAAGUGCAUUAACUCGCAGAUGGUCCUUGUUCCCCAGUCAGCUAUCAUGGCGUGCAUUGGUAGGUACAAUAUUGGGUCUCUGUCAGAACAGGCGGUCGUCCAUAGAUGGGAACCUGAUGCAAGGUCUAGGAAAAGCCAAUCUCGGUAUUAAUUUGGACUUCUUCAGGAAUACAUCCAGCGGCAGAUCAGCUGGCUUCAGAGCUCUAGGAUACUGCGCAUGGGAGUCAUGAUGGGCCAUUGCUGGAUUCUGUGGCUCACGUGUACGACAAAUUUAAGCCAGGUAACCUUCAUGCAUGGCCAC